GCGAGCUGGGAGCGGCGGGGUGGGGGGGGAGGGUCUGGUCGGAGCAGGUAGUGCCGCUUGGGCAACCCGGCGAGUUGGCCGGUGGGGUGGAACUCGCUGGUCAACUCGUUCAUUUGAAAGCAGUCAGUUUGGGAGUGCGGCAGGAUAGUCGGGGGGUGGCUGUGAGAAGCGAGAGGUGGCCCCCGGGAUGCCGGUGGUGGGGGCAGAGAGGAGAAGCCUGGAAAAGCUUGGAGGCGAAUUCGCGCUUGGGUUCGUGGUCCUCGCAGCCCUCCUGCCUUGAGUGUGGGAGAACACUUUUUUCGGUUUUAAGACUCAGCGUGGAGAGAAAGCCUCCGUCCCAGGGGAGGAGAGACGUCUGCGGGGGGCAGAGACCGCAGCCACCGCCGGGUGCGCCCCCCACCCCAGGCGCGCCGGCUUUGGUUCCCCCUUUCUCUCCCGCCCCCACCUCCUUAUUGGUGCUGGUUUGCAGCGCUCGGCUCCUGCGCCUUCGCUUCGCGUUUGAAUCUGGCUCGCCCCUCCGUAUUAUGUCUGCACUCCGAAGGAAAUUUGGGGACGAUUACCAGGUAGUGACCACCUCGUCCAGCGGCUCGGGCUUGCAGCCCCAGGGGCCGGGCCAGGGCCCGCAGCAGCAGCAGCUGGUGCCCAAGAAGAAGCGACAGCGGUUCGUGGACAAGAACGGCCGGUGCAAUGUCCAACACGGCAACCUGGGCAGUGAGACGAGCCGCUACCUCUCGGACCUUUUCACCACCCUGGUGGACCUCAAGUGGCGCUGGAACCUCUUCAUCUUCAUCCUCACCUAUACAGUGGCCUGGCUCUUCAUGGCGUCCAUGUGGUGGGUGAUCGCCUACACUCGGGGCGACCUGAACAAAGCCCACGUCGGCAACUACACGCCCUGCGUGGCCAAUGUCUAUAACUUCCCUUCGGCCUUCCUCUUCUUCAUCGAGACCGAGGCCACCAUCGGCUAUGGCUACCGCUACAUCACCGACAAGUGCCCCGAGGGCAUCAUCCUCUUCCUCUUCCAGUCCAUUCUCGGCUCCAUCGUGGACGCCUUCCUCAUCGGCUGCAUGUUCAUCAAGAUGUCCCAGCCCAAGAAGCGCGCGGAGACCCUGAUGUUUAGCGAGCACGCGGUGAUCUCUAUGAGGGACGGGAAACUCACGCUCAUGUUCCGAGUGGGCAACCUGCGCAACAGCCACAUGGUCUCCGCGCAGAUCCGCUGUAAGCUGCUCAAAUCUCGGCAGACACCUGAGGGUGAGUUCCUUCCCCUUGAUCAACUUGAACUGGAUGUAGGUUUUAGUACAGGGGCAGAUCAACUUUUUCUUGUUUCCCCCCUCACGAUUUGCCACGUGAUCGAUGCCAAAAGCCCCUUUCAUGACCUAUCUCAGCGAAGCAUGCAAACUGAACAGUUCGAGAUUGUCGUCAUCCUAGAAGGCAUUGUGGAAACAACUGGGAUGACUUGUCAAGCUCGAACAUCGUACACUGAAGAUGAAGUUCUCUGGGGUCAUCGUUUUUUCCCUGUAAUUUCCUUAGAAGAAGGAUUCUUUAAAGUUGAUUACUCCCAGUUCCAUGCAACAUUUGAAGUCCCCACCCCACCUUACAGUGUGAAAGAACAGGAGGAAAUGCUCCUUAUGUCAUCUCCUUUAAUAGCACCAGCCAUAACUAACAGCAAAGAAAGACAUAACUCUGUGGAAUGCUUAGAUGGACUUGAUGACAUUAGUACCAAACUUCCAUCUAAGCUGCAGAAAAUUACUGGAAGAGAAGACUUUCCCAAGAAACUCUUAAGAAUGAGUUCUACAACUUCUGAAAAAGCCUACAGCUUGGGCGAUUUGCCCAUGAAACUUCAACGAAUAAGUUCAGUACCUGGCAACUCAGAAGAAAAACUGGUAUCUAAAACCACCAAAAUGUUGUCUGAUCCCAUGAGCCAAUCAGUGGCUGAUUUGCCACCAAAGCUUCAAAAGAUGGCAGGAGGAGCAACCAGGAUGGAAGGGAAUCUUCCAGCAAAAUUAAGAAAAAUGAACUCUGAUAGAUUCACAUAACAAAACACCCCUUCAGGCAUUAUUUAUUGUUUGAUUUAGUAAUAGUCCAAUAUUUGGCUGAUGAGGUAAUCCUCUCUAAGGAAUUUGAAAGGUACAUUUUUUUCUCCCAGUCAUAUAUGCAUAUUUGAGAACCCUACCUUUUCAAGUAUUGCUACUGUGCAGAAAGAAAAUGUUAUAAAGGGAGGACAUCAGAAGGAAGUUCUUAAUAAUGGGCAUGUAUUAUCACAUCAAGCAUGCAAUAAUGUGCAAAUUUUGCAUUUAGUUUUAUGGCAUGAUUUAUAUAUGGUAUAUUUAUAUUGUAUAUUAUGGAAAAUGUAUAUAUAUAUUUAAAGGGGUGGUACUAUCCACAAUAUUUCUAACAUAUGUAUUAAGCCAAACAUGAGUUGAUAGCUUUCAGGGUGAUAAAACUAUAUAUAUGUGUGUGUACACAUAGUUUUAUAUAUACACACACAUAUAUAUGUACAUAUAUAUAUAUUCACACAUACAUACAUAUAUCUGAUAAAAUUGUGAUGUUUUGUUCAAAGUUGUAGUUCUUGUGCAUGUUUACUUUAUUAAGCUAGGAAAGCUUCUGGCAUUAAUUAUUAAUACCAAAUAUUUUAGCCUUAAAUUAUUUGUCAUUUUAAAAUCUGAUUUAAUGUUUUCUGCUGUUUAAGGACCUGGAAGGUUUUCCGUUGUACUUUUUAUGAGGGAGUCACACAAGUAUGUGCUACUUAUGGCCCUGCAAAAAUGUAACCAUUAUAUAUUUGACAUGUAAAUUUUGAAGCAUACUAAUACACUGACAAUUUCUAAUGAUUUUUAAAAGUUGCUAGUACUGGGGAAAAAAUAAACAUUGCUUAUUUUGAGAGUUGGUCCUUUCCUGGACUAAAGUCUGGAAAUCUCUUUUGUAUAUGAUCUAAUUUAAAUAUGAGCUCUGAACAAAUGCUGAGUCAUUGUAAUAGUCAGUAGCCAAGUAAUAUUGAAUAUAUUGGAAUCUGUGUGAAAUUGCGUAAUGAAUGGUCCCUGUUUCGAGCUGAGUGAAUUGGUAAUAUUUUUCACUCUUUUUCUCGAACUUUUGUCAUUUUAAAAACCAAUAAUUAAUCCUUGAGUAGACAAAACAACACAAUGAAAUAGAUGAUAGAUAUUUAUGCAUAAAAUAUGUGUGUCUAAUCGUGUCUCUCAUUUUAUGCCAUUUUCUUGUUUGUGGCAUUUGUUAUAACAGGACAGAUUUUUUCCUCACCUGGGCAACCUACUUUAUCCCAUACCUGUCACUCAAUUCAGACAGAAUGUUUGUACAUACCUGAGAGAAUUUAAAAUCAGAUAACUUGAAGAUAUUUUACCCAUGUGACUUUUUUGCUUUGUUUUGUUUCAGUAAACAAUCAAUUUAUUGGUGUGUUGGAUCUCUGGCCUACCAAAAUAAGUGUAGCAGUACUAUUUUUUUAACCUAGAGGUCUGAUAUUUAUGACUCAUUAAUGGGAAUUAAAACUAUUACUCAAAAGAACACAGGCGAAGUAAAGAUUUGGAAUGUAGAGAUUUUAAUGAAAAUUUAUAAGUGCUCCUUAUCAGAAUAUCAUGGACUUUCCUAUAAAACUUCUUUGGGUGUUGUACUCUAAAGUCUGUCCAGAAUUAAUCUAUUUCUCCUUAUAAAUAUGUAAAUCCUUAAUAGCUGGUUUGGAGUCCCACUAUUUUCCCUUUUUUUAGCAAUCCUGUGAUGAUUUUCAUAUUGGAAAAUUAUUAUAUCAACAAUUCUGUCAUUGACUACAAUAAUAUUAAUACCUUCUGGCUACCUCUGUAUCAAUCAAAUUCUGCAGGUGCAAACAUAUACCAGGGAAUUGUUACUGGCAAAAUGAUCAACUUUGGGCAUCCAUCCACUGUGAAUAGACCUGGUUGACCUAACCCUUUACCCCCAAACUUUCUUAUUUGCUGGAUACAGGAAAUGAAAUAGUAGCAGAGCGAGAAGGGGCCCGAGGGGCGCAGUAUAUUUGUUAUCAGUGGAAGAAACUGCACAGAUCAUUUAGUCCAACCACUUAAAACUAAAGAGCCAUAAUUUAAUUUGGAGAGUCAUUUGAGUUUGGUUUUGGUGCCAAGGGGAAAAUGGGACCAAAAAUAAACUCUCCAAAUACAUUCAAUCAUUCAUUCAGUGAAAUUUCUGCAUGUCUUUUAAGUUCUAGGCAUUUUUAGCUCCUGUAGAUUUGGAUAUGACUAAAUCAGAGGUGGUCCUUGCUCAUUCAAACACCAUGUAUCAGUUGGAGAGGGGGGAGGGGAGAUAAAAAUAACAUAAUUUCAGAGUCAAAAUAUCAGUUAAUGGAAGGAAAGCAGGGUAACACAAUGGAAAAUGAUUGGGUGAAAUAAUUGAUUAUUUUGGAAGGGGGAGGUGGUGAUCUUUAAACAGAGACCUGGAUGAUGAGAAAGAACCACUGUUGCCAAAUUAAUUUUUCUUAGUGAAUGCUAUUCCUUUCUCUUUCCCACAUAUAUAUGGGAAAAGUAUGAUUUCUGCAUGUAAUUGCAGUUUAACUCCUGUUACUAAGUUGAUCAUUGGUCCCGGUUUACCCAGGAGAGUUCCAGUUUUUACCUGUUGUACCUGUGUAAUUAUUAAUAGUACUCCCUUUCACUCUUAUAAUGUCUUGGUUUGGAUGAUAUAUGGUGACUCUACAUUUUUGUUGAGACUAUAUUAUG